AUGACUAUUCUACUCAUGUUUAAUAAAUCAUCUGAAUUAACUAUUGAAAAACUUUAUGAUGAAACGCAAAUUAAACUUGAAACAUUGACAUCUGUUAUUCGGCUAUUAUUAAAACAAAAAGUUUUGAAGUGUACAGAAAUUACACCAGAACAAUUAAGCGAAGAAAAUGAUUUACAAAUGGCAAGUGUUUUGAAAAUAAAUACAAAUUUUACAAACAAUAAAACUCGAAUAAAUUUGAAUGUAUCUUUAAAAUCAGAAGUUAAACAAGAAACCGAACAUAUUCAUCAAGCUAUUGAAAGCAAUCGAAAAUUUGUUAUUGAGGCUGCGAUUGUUCGAAUAAUGAAAGCACGUAAAGAAUUACAGCAUACUCAGUUGAUUUCAGAAGUUUUAACAAUGUUGGCUCCCAGAUUUAAACCACAAGUACCAGACAUCAAGUUAUGUAUUGGACGAUUGAUCGAAGAUCAACAUUUGGAACGUGUACCAAAUGAACGAGACACAUACCGUUAUUUGGCUUAG